AUGAAGUGUCAGUCGUGCGAUGCGAAUGUCCACCAUCGUUGCGUUCGCUACGUGCCAAAUAUGUGUGGGACGGACCACACAGAAAAACGGGGUCGAAUCUCGCUGGAAAUUGUUGCCAAAGAAGGAAUGCUGACGGUUUUAGUCAAGGAGGCUCGUAAUCUCAUACCUAUGGAUCCGAAUGGACUGUCCGAUCCGUAUGUAAAAAUGAAAUUAAUUCCUGAAGACGCUGGCUGCAAAUCAAAACAAAAAACAAGAACUCUUCGAGCCACUCUGAAUCCAGAAUGGAAUGAAAAAUUCUUUUAG